AUGUGGUGCCACUCGUGCAGGGAGGAGUACGAGGAUGUGGACGCGGGGACGUGCAAGGAGUGCUACGAGGAGGCGAGCGAGACGGAGGAGGAGCUGAAGAGGGAGAUCGAGGAUCUCAAGGCGAAGGUCUCCUUCCUGCGCCUCUGCUCCCCGAUCGACCCCCACCUCCCCGCCUCCCCAUCCGCCGCCACCGCCGAUAUUUCCCUUCACACCUGGUCCAGUGGCAGUGACUGCGUCGUCUACGCUCCGAUCCCCGCUCAUAAGGCAGUCCUGGUAAAUUCUCUCCUCCACCUCAACUUAUAAGAUCGAAGGAUGGAUUCCAGUGGAAUUCCGCUGAAAACUGAGGAAACUGUUGCUUCAAUCACGGAAUAGCGAUCCAAGUUUAGACAAAUAGCUAAAAAAUUCCGAUGAUUUGUUUCUAAAUUUGUUAACCAAAGUUUGGACUUUCUUCCGACGGAUUCGAUGCUCCUCUACUUUCUUCCUGGAGAAAUGCGUUGGCAGAACUCGCCAAGAAAAAACCAUAAUCUCUGUGUGACAAUUUUUCAGAGCUUUGUGAAUUCCAAUAGUAUCUAUGGCGCCUUCAAUGCUUGAUUGGGCUUAUGAGAUUUAAUUCAGCACCUAGUUUGAUAAAUAUUUCAUAAGUCCCUACAUAGGUCCGAGCAUUAUUUAGUUAAAAUCAAUCACCUGGACCAAAUCGAAGAACAAUUUCUCGUGCUCAAAUGUUGGUAGAUGGUCCGAUGUUCUUCUCUCUUGUCCUUCUUUAUCUUCACCCCGUUUACUGGAUUAUUUGAUUGCCUAGAAGGAGCCAUCGACUGGGAGAUCAGGGAAGAAUCCCUUCACUCAUAAUCAAUGGUGCCCAAGCUUCUUCGCUUGGAUCAGCUGGGUCACUGAUGAUAUAGGGCUUCUUUGAGAGGAAAGAUAGAAGAGAAGAUGCGAUCUCGUUGAUAAUCUAUCGCUUACAGUGGUGGAAUAUAAUUGCCUUCUUAAGAUAUUUUAAGAAUCACUACUGAAGAGUACGAGAAGCUAUUAAUCUCUAACAGGGCUAAUAUCUUCAAGGAAGGAUUUGUUUCUGUUUGAUCUAUUUUUCUAGAAUGCAUACUCUGCUACCUGUAAAUCUUGUUUUAUUUAUUGAAUUUCCUGUUUCCCUUGAACCAGAGUACAAAUAAAUCCUGAAGAAAGAGCAUAUGCGGUCAGCAUUCACAGAUAAUUAUAAAUGUAGAGUGCAUUUAGAGCAUUUAGAGCGUUCACAGAUAACUGGAUAAAACCUCUUAGAGCACUUAAAUUUAUUUAUGUAGAAUGCAUGUAUGUUGAUUGGAAAUAUUUUUUUCUCUUGAAUUUCUUCUUUAACUUGAUUCUUCAUAAAAAAAUUCCUGAAACAGAAACAAUAUUGUCAACGUGUGUGUGUAUGUUGAUUGGAUAAAGCCUUUCAAAAAAAAUUAAAUGUGUUUUCUUGACUUGCAUGCAGUGUUGAUGGAUUUCUUUCUAAAAAAUCUUCCUCCAGCGAAUCAUAUCACAAAAGAAAUCCUGAAACACGAAACUAUCUUGAUAAAUUCUUUAGGAGAAGCCGAAUGGUAUGAUCCUGGAAAUUUCCAACGUCAAGGCACUCUAAUCAUCGUGUAUAUAUAUAUCUAGUAAAACCCAUCGAAUCAUUUAAAUAUUUUUUAUUGAAACCAUAUAACGUUGAUGGAAAUAUCAUUUCUUCCUCAAGAGAAAAGGAAUCCCUCAAACAAAAAACAAUCUUCGUAUGUUUGUGUGAACCCGAUUCACGAUUUCUGCAUCUACGAUUCAAAAUCUUGCUUGUUUGCUCCGUCCUUGAUCUUCAGUCAUCCAGAUUACUGCCUAAACCAACCUGGGGCAUCUCCAGAUGAGCCGUUCGCCUGUCUUCAAGGCCAUGCUGGAGAGCGAGAUGGAGGAGAGCCAGAGCGGCACCAUCAAGAUCGCCGAUGUCUCCUACACCGUCCUCCAGACCUUCAUCCACUACCUUUACACGGCGGAGGCACUGCUGGAUGAGCAGAUGGCCUGUGACCUAUUGGUGCUGGCCGAGAGGUACCAAGUGAAGCACCUCAAGGUCUUCUGUGAGAAGUUCAUGAUUUCCAAGGUCAAUGGUGAGACAGCAGUGAUGAGCUUUGCCUUUGCACACCGGCACAAUGCUGGGAUGCUGCUGGAGACCGCCCUGGCACUGAUAUUGGACAACAUGAGCAUGCUUACUGCGAGGGAGGAGUACAGGGAGCUUGUGGAGAAGGACCCAAGGCUCGUUGUGGAGAUCUAUGAGGCUUAUCUUACCAGGCAGGUCAACACUGCUCCAAGGGAGUGA